UGGAAUUCUCCCAUAAAUCCGCCAUUCUCCACCAUCCACAUGCCGGUCGAAAUUGUCGACGUCCAAACCUCGUCCCAGGACGGAAUAUCCAACUUUGACCUUUCUAAGCAAAUCCUCGAUGGCUUGUCGCGUCCUAAUGGACAGAAGACCAUGCCUACGAUGCUCCUCUACGACGAGCGGGGUCUUCGACUCUACGACGAUAUCACAACGGCUGCGCCUGAAUACUACCUCUUCGGCGCUGAGGAGGAAAUCUUGAAGAACCACGCGGACGACAUUGUUCGGACCAUGCAUUCGCGAAACCCUCACAAUGAUUCCUCCGAUGAGGUUGUCCUGGAGCUUGGUGCAGGCGCUCUGAGGAAGACCUCUCACAUCUUGAAGGGUUUGUCCCGAUUUGCUGAGGAUGCCAACCGACCUUCCCCCAUCACAUACUACGCCCUUGACCUCGAGAAAAGGGAGCUUGAACGUACCCUAGGUGAAAUUCAAGCCUCGGAAAUCGGUCAACAGUUGAAUGGGAAGGUUGCCACCAAAGGCAUCUGCGGCACCUACGACGACGGCUUGAGGUUUAUCGAAAACGGAGGGCUAUCUUCUCCCUUCGCAGACGGCUUCACGGCCAGAGGAGGCUCUCCUAUCUCGAGCGGCUCUUCCGAAAGUGAUUCCAGCUCGUAUGACUUCAGCAGUCAUCCCUCUAGCCCCGUCGACGCUCAACCAGAACUCCACAUCAUGUUCCUGGGUUCCUCUCUUGGGAACUUCCCUCGAGAAGAGGCAGACGGAUUCCUUCGUUCCCUUCCUUUGCGCCCAGGAGCCGGAGAUACGCUCCUCCUUGGACUGGACCACGACAACGAUAAGGAGCAGAUCGAAGUUGCCUACAACGAUCCGAAAGGCUAUACCAAGCGCUUCAUUAUGAACGGCCUUCGAAAUGCCGGGCGAACGCUUGGCGACGAGCACAUGUUCGACGAAGAUAAAUGGGAAUAUGUCAAUUUCUAUGACUCGAAACAACGUCGACACGAAGCCUUCUAUAAGUCUAAAUGCUCUCACUCUAUCGUGGUACCUUCUGCGAAGGCGGAAUUUCGCUUCUCAGAAAACGAGAUGUUGAAGAUCGAAGAGUCCGUCAAGUACUCCGAGGUCGAUGCAUGGAGGCUUUUCACGAAUGCCAACCUUAGGCCUAUCCAGAGGUGGACCGACAGUCGCGGCCAAUAUUCAUUAUGGCUUCUCGAACGACCGCCUUUCAACUUCCCUUUACUGAAGUCGCCCAGUGCCUCAAAGACAGAGCAAGGCCUUAUCCCUGCGACCCCCUUCAGCUUCCCUACUCGAGGUGACUGGGAGGAUAUGUGGGAGGUUUGGAAUACCAUCACUCUCGGCAUGAUCCCUCCUUCCAUGCUUCAUGAGAAACCGAUUGAUCUUAGGCACAUUUGCCUUUUCUAUCUGGGCCAUAUCCCGACAUUCUUGGACAUCCAUCUUUCGCGAUUACUCGGAGAGCCGCACACGGAACCUGAACAAUUUAAAUACAUCUUCGAGCGAGGAAUCGAUCCUGACGUCGAAGAUCCCACAAAAUGCCACCCACACUCAGAAGUUCCCAAAGAGAAGGAAGAUUGGCCAAGUUUAGAAUCGAUUCUCCAAUUCCAAGCUCGCGUUCGGCAGCGAGUGAGGAAGCUCUACGACGAUCUAGAAUCAGGCGCUGUCCCCAUGACUCGAAAGAUCGCCCGUGUCUUGUUCAUGACCCUGGAGCAUGAAGCGAUGCACGCGGAGACGCUUCUCUACAUGUUGCUUCAAAGAGCUGGCACUGGAACCCUUCCCCCUCCAGGUUUCACAGCUCCUCACUGGGAAAUGUUGGUCCAGGGAUGGAACAAUGCACCAGUCCCCGGAAAGAAAACUGCUGUCCUUGGACCGGCCUCUGUGAACCUGGGACACGAUGAUGACGAAUUGGAAGACACGACAGCCAUGGACGUCGAGAAGGUCAAGCAACACGAAUUCGGCUGGGACAACGAAAAUCCCAAGAGGACCGUCGAGGUUAAGGCAUUCGCUAUCGAAUGGCGACCCGUUACCAACGGCGAAUUUUACUCAUUCUAUACUGGCGAAGGUCAGGGCAAGGUUGACCUUCCUGCCAGCUGGAUCAAAGGGCAUGGCACAAUCAAGGUUCGAACGUUGUAUGGUUCCGUCGAUAUGGAAAUCGCAAAAGACUGGCCAGUCAUCACGUCCUACAACAACCUUUCCACAUACGCGAUCGUCAAGGGCGGUCGACUUCCGACUGAGCCUGAACUGCGACUCUUUUAUGACAAGUUUGAAGCCGGCUACGAAGGUGGAGCAAACGUUGGCUUCAGAAACUGGCACCCAGUCCCCGCCACGACCGGCCUGGACAAGGCUGAUGGGCGGGGACACAACGGAGGGGUCUGGGAAUGGACCUCGACGGUGUUUGAUCAAGUAGAUGGCUUCCGACCUUCAGCGCUGUAUCCUGGCUACUCGAUGGACUUUUUUGAUGGAAAACAUCAGGUUGUGUUGGGCGGCUCCUAUGCAACCGUACCUCGCAUUGCCAACAGAAGGUCUUUCCGAAACUGGUACCAGCGAAACUACCCCUACGCUUGGAUUGGCGGUCGCAUUGCGUACGACCUGCCCCCGAAUUAACCUCUGUGAGGUCUAUCAUCGACUGGACCACGUGCUCUCCUUCUGAAAGUAAUUGCUGCCCUGUAACUUCCAUUCUGCCCCUCGAUAUCUGAUGCUCAAAUGUAUGAAUAGUAACUUUGUACCAGUACAUUGAAUGAAGUACCAAUCUGACCAAAUGAAGC